CUUCGAUAAUCUCACCUGUUUCUCCAUUAUCCUACAUCCAACAUCACCAUAUCUUCCUUCCGCUUUUCUUUUCUACGUGCAAAAUCCACUUACUGUCCCAUCCUUACCCUGAUACUUGCCCUGCCGCUAUCCUUCACCUAUCGUACACGCGUUCGACUGUCAUCAGUUGCGUUCCAUCACCCACUUCCACCAUGGGGUCGAGGAAGCGUGGAAGGGAGGAGAUGGAGGCGGAAGAGCCCCCCAAACUUCCAAGUACUCUAGUCCGACUACGCAACACCUGGGAGUUUGCAUCCCUUAUGCAGUAUCUCUUCACCUUUGGCAGAGCUGUCAAGGUUGUGGACACCGACAUCGAGGAUUUCGAAGAGAAAUGUCUAGCACCUGAUCGAUCUUCCAAGCUAGGUGAAAUCGGCCUGGCCCUUCUCAAAAAUGUUUCAUCCCACAAAGGACUGACCCCCGAGAUUUUUGACGAAUAUACUCGCCGCCAGUACCUUGCUAAGGCACCCGAGAGGAACCCCUUUGGUGACGAGGAAGAACCCAAUAGCUUCGCAGCUUUCGACCUGUUUCAACAGCUUCGCAUUCUCCAUCAACUGUCGGUAUGGACCUUUGUCAACCCAGACCGGAUAAGGGAGAAAAUGAAUGAACGAGAUGCGGAUCAAGCAAGCUGGCGUAUUGACCCUUUUGGAUGGGAUGCGGAUGAUAGAAUCUACUUCCUGCUCGACGAUGAUCGUUUUUACCGCCGUACCGACCCAGCUCUUCCCGACCCUGCCCCAAAGAAGAAGUCUACCAAGAAGCCGAAAUCUAAAUCUAGAGCAUCCCGAGCGAGCAAACGACUCCGGUUCUCCGAAGAUCAUGCCGAGGACGAUGAUGAAGAGGACGCCGUCGCAAACGUCGAAACUUCUGAGCAAGCGACGGUUGAGGAAAACACAUUGGGGGGCAUGAAGUGGGAAUGCAUAGCCAUCACGCUUGACGAAUAUUAUGGGAUCAUCGAAUCGUUCAAAAAGUCCAAGGACCCUAACGAGAAGGAUCUCUACAAGCGAUUGACGGAUUCUGUGCUUCCUAUCAUUGAGAAACGAGAAGAGGAGCGCCAAAGAAAGGAGGAGAAGCGCAUCAAGGACCUAGAAAUCAUGGAGAAGUUGGCCAUGGCGAAACGGUCUAGCCGCCUUGCUGGCAAGAAAGAGAAACUCAAGGAGGCGGAAGCUGCUGCUGAGGAGGAGAGAAAACGAAGGGUGGAGUUGGAUCUUGUUCGAAAGGAGCAGGAGAAGCAGCGCAAGAUGGAGGCCGAGCGACAUAAUCGCAUGAUGACACGCGAACAGCGCCUCAAAGAACGAGAGGUCAAACGCAUUCUUCACGAACAAGAACUCCGUAGAUUAGAAGAGGACAGCAAGCGAUUGGAGCAAGAAGAGUCACGCAUAUCGGAACGCCACCUCAAAGCGGAAAUGGAACGCCGCCAGAAAGAGCUAGAGAGUCUACAGGAAGACGAAUGGAUCUUCGACUGUUCCGUAUGCGGCAAGCAUGGGGAGAACUACGACGAUGGGGAGCAUAGCAUCGAGUGCGAGACCUGCAAGGUGUGGCAACACAGCGCUUGUCAUGGUAUCAACAAAGAACAGGCGGAGAAUGAGAACUUCCACUUCUAUUGCAAAGACUGCAAGAAGAGAGAGGAGGAGGCGAAGAAGCCACAGCCUCUCAAAGUUAAGAUGGGACCAUCUCCGAAGUCUACCAAGGCCCAAAAGGCGGCGGCUAGUCCACAUGGGCUCACAAAGGACGGGAGGCCCAAGAAAAAGCCUGGACGACCUCGAAAGAAUCCGCUCCCUGAGGGGGCUCCAAAUGGCACAUCUCCUGCUGCCAAUGGUGUUCCAAGUGGAUCUCCGUCAGCCGCGCCCAAGCCUAUGGUUGUGGUCGAUGUCAACGGCCUGUUCAACCAACCCCGUCCAGUCACACAUCAAUCCGGGCCCGUGCCAUAUCAAUCUCCCGCCUUCUCCCAGACAUUCGGCGCACCGAUGCGUCCAGCCUACUUUGGGCCACCGCAAGGCUACAGCGUUGGUGGAGCCACUGCUCAAAAGAACGAGACACCGCGACCGAUGCAACCAGCACAAUCGGUACAACCGCAUGGAUAUUCCAAUGGCCAUCCCUCCUAUACCCCUUAUCCUGCCACGGACCAGUCAAGCCCACGGGCCGUACCGAUGACGAGUACCGAUCUACCCCGUCCCCCAAGUGCGCAUAGCCCGUAUCCACCGCCCCAGCAGCCUCCUCAGAAACACAUGCCCCCGCAAACCCCAUCCCAAGCGAACGGCUUCCAUCCGAAGAGCAGCCCCGCGCCAGUCUUCCCCUCCGAAGGCUCGCUACAGUUUCCCCGCCCCGAAGGCCCCACCGCAAACCCUGUUCCCAUCAAACAUGCGUCUCCGAGUCUUCCGCCGCUCCAUCCGCACCAUUCUCCGAGUUUAUCCCAACCGGCACCGCACUUCUACGGACCGCCCCGCGGGUCGUCCCACUCUCCUCAGCAGUCGAUGCCGAUAUCUCCAGUGAAACGGUCGCCCCACGGGCCGUCCCACUCUCCUCGGCACCCGCGGCCUAUGUCUCCGGUUAACUGGUCGCCCCGCCCACAUCAGCAGCCGAUGCCUGUGUCUCCGAUUAAACGGUCGUCGCAAUUCCGACCCUCGAGCACACCGGAGCCGCGACCAGUGGAUCCGAAUCAAGGUCAUGGUGCAUACUCUCCAGUGGAGCCGAGGCAAGGUGCAUAUUCUCCGACUGCGUCCGCGAUGCACACAUCCCCGUUGCUUCCUCCAGCAGCCGGAGGCAUGUCACCUAGGAAGCGGCCCAGUCCUCCCCACUCCUUCGGAAGUCCGCCUCCAGGCUCGCUCCACAAUCCUACCGGCCAAGCUCCCGGGAUCGCUCCAUUCACUGCGCUGAACGGUGCCUCUUGGAACCACUCCAAUCGACUUACUUCUGCAGGCGCCACGGCGAUGAAUGUGAGCGAUGGUAGCAAAGGCGGACUACCUGGCAUCCUAAGCUCGAGCCCGAGGGGUUACAGUCCGAUCAAGCACAUGCCUGGUACGCAGCCAGAUGGGAACCUAGAGGCGCUCCCUGAAGCUGCGCAUGAUCAUAUUUCAGGACUAGGAAGUCCGAUCAAAAUGAAUACGAACCCGCUGCCCGUUGGCGAGCAGAGCGGCUCGUCCUUUGAGAGCAAGAUGGAUGUUGACGAACCACGCGACGCUUAGUUUACGUCAUGUGUUUGGGCUUUAGGGAGGUUCGGAGACGAAUAUUUGUACGAUACCAUGGCCAGGGAAGUUGGUUAGAAAAGCAUUGAGAAGGGUAUUGCACUCAACCAUAGCGUUCUUGGGUCUCCCCUUAGACAUAUCACUGCACGACUGGCUUGGCCAGCUCGAAAAGACCGGGCUGCGGUCAACUUUGCAAUACCAUAUACACGAUUAGAAUCACGCUCUUCAUUCCAGUGC